UGAUGCUGGGUCGUCGGAGGAUUUCUGGUUGCUCAGCUGACGUCCUUGGCCUCAUGUCGAGCCGUUUUGUUUCGACGCUGGUGCUGCUGCUGUCAUCGCCGCACUCACUGGAGCGGUGCCGCGCCGAGUGCAGACCCGAGUACCGGAAGCUGUCCGAGGCCGGCGUCACGCACACGGCAUGCAAGGCACCCAACCUGCGCUGCCGCAUCCUCGAGCGGGGCCUGAGAGGCGGCGAGGCCGAGGAGAUCCUGCGAUUGCACAAUACCUAUCGCAGUCAGAUGGCACUAGGCUUGGUGCCAGGAUUCAAGCCAGCCGCCAACAUGCACCAGUUGUUCUGGGACGCCGAACUGGCCGAGGUUGCACAAGCUCACGCUGACCAGUGCUCGGAGAAGCGCUACGCGGAACACGACAAGAAGCAGGCGAGAGCGACAGCGAGAUUUCCCCGCGUCGGCCAAAAUGUUGGCUGGCGUGGUGAGAACCGGAAUCGCAGUAGCGCUACCUGGAGCCAGCGUGUGAAGAACUGGUUCGACGAGUACAAGGGCUACCCGCCCGAAGGCAUCGCAAGCUUCAAGGUCAUCCGCGGACCACCCAGAACGGGUCACUUCACUCAGCUCAUGUGGGGCGAGACCCGGUUCGUCGGCUGCGGCUACACAUUCUACACGCUGGAGAACGACGACAACCCUAAGAGAUACCAGACCACGCAAGUAUGCAACUACGGACCAAGGGGCAACAUUCUCACCGAGCCGGUCUACAGCGAAGGGCAGCCGUGUAGUUCUUGUUUCGACGAAGGCUUCUGCAACCAGACGACAGGACUGUGCACGGUCACGUCUUAAUAAUGGAGAAGCUCAUCACGCAUCCGACAUCGCAAGACAUUCGCAAAGGCAGUACACAGGUCAAAGAGCCAGCUUCCUCCAUUUGGGAGAACAAUUUCAGUGAUGCCAAGCAACAAUUGAACACAUUACUGAUAGCUUGCACACGUGUUAACUCCGUCUGAGACAUCGGCAUUCGUUUGAGGAAAGUCUUCUCACUAGGCGUCUAUGCCUCAUCGCGAAAAAGCUUCAUUCGAUCAAAAAAGACGCCUCCAUUUCCUCAAGGAAUGGACUAUACGACAACCGAUAGCUCUGCCGAAAUGGAAUCAUGCUAGGGUUUGUUAGAGGACGCCUGGAAAGCGAUCAAAAGUAUCUGAAGAAGCUGGCCUACAGCAACUCUACAACCGGCCUCUAAACAAGUUAGAGGCACUUGAGGGACUUGGUAUCACAGGUGAUACCAGGAUCAGAAACUCAACCGUAGGCUCCGCGAACUCACCGCGCACUCAACCGGGAUAUCGAGCACUGUGCGCAUCAGCUCACCAGUUAGCAAUGGCAUGCUGUAUGCGAAAGUAUGCAACGGCAACCUAACCUCCACAAAACCUGUAAUAUCCUCUGGCAUCUCCUCGAUGAUCACGUCCAGUAUUACAACACGAAGGCAGCAUCUUCAGAAAACACUACAUGUGGCCCCGGGCUCCAACGAUCAAUUAUUACGGGACCUAUCCGCCAAGUACAUUAGCACACAAAAACCUAAACAACAACCGCCCUACACAGUCCAGGGCAGCGCUGAGAUUGCAACGCCCCGUUACCCUUUCCCCGUUGCUUAACGCCCCAUUACCCUUCCGGAACUACAGGCUGUGCUUAGCACCUUAAGCCCCAACUCCGCCCCCAGGGACCACUGUACAACUAAUCGGCUUCCUUGGAAUACGCACGGCGGCUCACUCGUGACCCUCCUGCAUCACAUCAGCUCCAUCAACUCAUCACAUCAACUCUUGCCCCGUCACUUUAUCAUCACAUAUCUACCCCGAUGCUUUUACACCGAGCUGCAAAACAUACCACGUGCCACGCGCGGAUCUCGAUAUCUGGGCAUGCCCCGCAGUACGACGCACCACCAAUCACGGCACCGAUCCUACAUUUAGAAUUACUACGCCUGAGCAGUGGGCGGCCAUGCUGCUCAGCGAAUGCACGGAGGAUCAAACCUGGGUAGUCCGGCUGGCUGGCAACGCCACCAAGACUCAAGGUCCGA